GCUGUCAAAGCCAGCGGUAUGGGAGAAAGAGGACCGAGAAGGAGAGCACAAUCAAAGGCUGUUAUUUUAAUCUGUCCUGCCUCGGAGAUUAGUCCACCACAUUGUUUUAAUUGUUUUAACGGGAGGGAAUGAAACGCUCGCUUAUGGGAGGGGGGUCCUUGGCAUAAAUCUCUCAAGUUCAAUAGUUUCAAAAACUUGAGCCCCUUGCAGCCCCCCUCUAUUCCCUCAUCCCACCUAAUCCCGGCUAAUACCUUUCUUUCUAUUGGCUAAUGGCUGAGGGGAGCCUGGGUAAAUGCUUCUUAAAUAGUCGUGGGUGAGAAUGGUUUCGGAGAAUUAGAUCUGUGCCACGACGUGGAUAAUAAGGCCCAAACCGGACUAGGACAUACCGGACUACAGCUCACCAAGGUCGACCGCUGUGCGUAAAAGCGCCUCUGGAUCUCUACUGCUCAGGGUCCGGAUCUCAGAGUGAGUAUGAACUCGUUGAAUUUCUGCGGGACGUCCGGCGGUGUGGCGUAUCCCCUCCCCGGUGUUCACUCCGUGCUGUUCGACCUGCACCACCAGAUGGCGGAGCAGUACCACGUUUACUCUGCAGCCGGCCCCGCAGUGCACACCCUCUCUGUGGCUGAGAGACUGGCAGAGCUUAUUCUGGAAGCUCGCUACGGCAACCAGCAAAAGCAGCGCCGCAGCCGCACGGCGUUCACUGUGUCGCAGCUGCAGGCUCUGGAGAAAGCCUUCCAACAGACUCAGUACCCAGAUGUCGGGAUGAGAGAGAGGCUGGCCGUCUGCAUCAACCUGCCCGAGGCUCGUAUUCAGGUGUGGUUUAAAAACAGGAGGGCAAAGUUUCGAAAAGGUCAGAGGUGCUCCCCACCCUCCAGAGACCACAGUCUGGAGGAGGCGCCACAACACAGCAAGGAGGGACAGGACGAAGGCGGGGCCGAAGACAAACAGGACAUCACUGCAUCACACAUCAGCAACAACAUGCGUCUUCCUCGCUGUCCUCCUCCUCCUCCUCCUCUUGUGGAUAAAACCAAGGAUGUUUGCCCACCUCUUGCUCCUUCAGACUCUGAUCUUUCACGUUGCUCCCUCCGAAUUCACUCUCCUCAAGUUUUCCCCUUCGCGACGGGGGAGCACUACAGCCACCCACCUCACCGGCCGGUGGUGGGAGUCUUGUCCUCUGAUCUCGCCCUCCCUCCGGUGUUCUGGCCUGUCAUACAGCAGCCCAACGCCGCUGUGGGGUUUCAUCCAUCGUCAGUUGCUAAAAACUGUAGCCUCUCCCUUCUGACUGCUUGUUCCAAUAAAAGUGCGCCUCACCCUCACCUGGGGCUGUAACUGUAGACCAAACACCUAUAGCACAAGGUCUUUGCUCCUUGUGGGAUGAGGUACGCCUGAAGCAACCCUGUGUGGGAAAAGAAAGGAUAACAAGGUAGAAAAGCACUUAUGGCCUUGUUCCUGUAAACCUGACUGCAGACAAUGUGGAGAAGGAGGGUUUCUCUGAGCUUUAUUGAGUGGAGGUUAAAGCUGUACAGUCUUCAGAGUUUAUUUUUUUUAUUUUGCUGACCAACUCUGAUUGUUUUUUUCCACUUGACUUUGCUUGAACAAGGUUGUAGUUUUGUUUCCAGACAACAAGCAGUAAAAAACACAUUUAAAGACGCCGUCGUCUCCACUACAUUACCAACUAGCCACAUAGCAGUAAUGAUGGUAAACACAUGUGAGAGAAAUUCCUUAUUGUAAGUAGGCACUUCAGCACAGAAAUGUGAAAUAAAACUAUUUGUGCCUGGA